UCGAAAUCUUCUGUGGAAGUAACAAGAAGUAUUUACGAGAAAACAAUUUUUUGUUAUUUUAAAAAUAGGUAUCCUUUGUUAAUAGUUAUCAACAAGUUAUCGGUGUGUGAUCCUUAAAAAUUUCUAGAAAUUAAAGCAAGUAAAGGACCAAACUAGGAUUUAUUCUUGAGACUUAUAUUACGUGAUUACUACUUUCGCGUGCCAAUAAAAAGGUCACAAAAAAUGUGCGACAUGUAUGAUCCUAGUAACAUCAAACCAGAUUACUACAUCGAUCAUUACAUCGAAGGACCAAUUGCCUACACCGAGGACCACGUUCCAGUAAAGAGACUGCGGUUUUUCAAAGUUUGUCCUCAGAUGGCGGAGAACACUUUAAAGGCGUUCUUUGAGAGGUUCGGCAACAUUUUGGAGUGGCGUCUAGCCAAGGAUCCGAAGAACAUGUGUGAACAUUGUUUAGGUAGCGGUGUCAUAUAUUCCAGCGUCGAGGAGGCAGAAAAAUCCUUGCUUAACUAUAUUGUUAGUUUAGAGGGUAGGGAUCUGAAGAAUACGUUGCAACAUAAAUGUCUAAGUGGCGAGGUAUUGUAUGCCAACGCCGAGGAUGCAGCCAGUGUCUUGUUAUGCUAUCCUCAUUGUGAAGAGGGAAAGUAUUUCAAGGUAGAACCAAGCUAUACCUGGAAGCAGCCGGAUGUUUAUGGAACACCUACCGCGCAACAAUCACAGUCAACGCCCAUUUUGAGUCUACCCGAUGACUGCUUGGUUCAUAUUCUGCAGUUCUUGGACCUUGGUGAUAAGAUACGCUUUGCCAGGACCUGCCAGCGCUUCAGAGCGGCCUACAAGAUCGCCGCUACUGGGUCGUGCAAGACCAUAGAUACUGAUCAGUUUGCCCAUAUGACCCUGUGGGACAUUUAUGACUUCUUCCACCUGACUGGUGAUAAAGUACAGGACAUAAGCUGUAUAUUGAGUUUAAAAACGAGGUUUAACGACGAAGUGCUUGCUAUGGUUGCUGGCUACUGCCGAAAUCUGGUUUCCCUUUCCUUGCACGCAAAAGCAAUAAAAAAGGACAUCAUGCUUAAAAUGCCCACUUCCAUCGAGAAGUUGGAUUUCACCUAUUGCGAAGAGUUUGAUGACUUGGCCACAAUUUUAAAGCACUUUUCCAAACUGAAGGAGCUUACCUGUGAAGUGACAGAUCUCCAAGAAGUCUGGUUAGAUGUUGUUAGGGCAAACUGCUGCCCUUCCCUGGAAGUGCUCAAUAUAACAACCGACUGCGACGCGGACUGCCAGAUCUUGGCUCAGCUUCCCAAACUGAAGAGCGUCACAAUAAAGUCUAUGUUUUACGAUAAAGACCCCAGUGAGAAGUUUAUCCAUCAGCUGGUGGAACACAAGGCAGAGCAACUAGAACGAUUUGAAGAUAAUAGUGACUGUACGCUGCCCAGAAGGCAGCUUUCUCUUAUUGCCAAGUUAUCAGGACUUCGCGCGCUAAUUCUGCCCUUCGUGGUGGGCAUGGAAGAAAUCGUAACAGAGUUUGAAGAUCUCAAAAACUUGGAGGAACUCACCUUUUAUUGCAGCAAGAUGAGCCAUGCCGCCAUCCUCGAUCUCUUCAUCGCAUGCCCUAAGUUAAGCCGUUUGACUGCUUAUGGCGUGGCCAAGCCAGAACGCGAGCUAAUGCUAAAUAUCGUCACCCGAGUGCGCCUGGAACAGGCCAACAAAGAGAUGCACCGGAAACUACCCAUUGAACUGGGCCUCAAUAGGGAUCUCAAAAAAAUUGAUAUUGCCUUUACAGAAUCAAAUAACAGUUCCCCAAGACAUUAUGAUUUAUUCUUGAGACUUAUAUUACGUGAUUACUACUUUCGCGUGCCAAUAAAAAGGUCACAAAAAAUGUGCGACAUGUAUGAUCCUAGUAACAUCAGACCAGAUUACUACAUCGAUCAUUACAUCGAAGGACCAAUUGCCUACACCGAGGACCACGUUCCAGUAAAGAGAUUGCGAUUUUUUAAAGUUUGUCCUCAGAUGGCGGCGGAGAACACUUUAAAGGCUUUCUUUGAGAGGUUCGGCAACAUUUUGGAGUGGCGUCUAGCCAAGGAUCCGAAGAACAUGUGUGAACAUUGCUUAGGUAGUUUAGAGGGUAGGGAUCUGAAGAAUACGUUGCAACAUGAAUGUCUAAGUGGCGAGGUAUUGUAUGCCAACGCCGAGGAUGCUGCCAGUGUCUUGUUAUGCUAUCCUCAUUGUGAAGAGGGAAAGUAUUUCAAGGUAGAACCCAGCUAUACCUGGAAGCAGCCGGAUGUUUAUGGAACACCUACCGCGCAACAAUCACAGUCGGCGCCCAUUUUGAGUCUACCCGAUGACUGCUUGGUUCAUAUUCUGCAGUUCUUGGACCUUGGUGAUAAGAUACGAUUUGCCAGGACCUGCCAGCGCUUCACAGCGGCCUACAAGAUCGCGGUUACUGGGUGGUGCAAGACCAUAGAUACUGAUCAGUUUGGUCAUAUGACCCUGUGGGACAUUUAUGACUUCUUCCAACUGACUGGUGAUAAAGUACAGGACAUAAGCUGUACAUUGAUUGCAAAAACGAUGUUUAACGAUGAAGUGCUUGCUAUGGUUGUCGGCUACUGCCGAAAUCUGGUUUCCCUUUCAUUGCACGUAAAAGCAAUAACAAAGGACAUCAUGCUUAAAAUGCCCACUUCCAUCGUGAAGUUGGAUUUCACCUAUUGCAAAGAGUUUGAUGACUUGGCCACAAUUUUAAAGCACUUUUCCAAACUGAAGGAGCUUUCCUGUAAAGUGUCAGAUCUCCAAGAAAAAGCCUGGUUAGAUAUUGUCAGGGAAAACUACUGCCCUUCCCUGGAAGUACUCAAUGUAACAACUGGCACGGGCUGCCAGAUCUUGGCUCAGCUUCCCAAACUGAAGAGCGUCAGAAUAGACCCUCAAUUUUACGCUGAAGACCCCAGUCAUAAGCUAAUCCAACAGCUGGUGGAGCACAAGGCAGAGCAACUAGAACGAUUUGAAGAUACAGGAGACUGUAAGAUGCCCAGAAGGAAGCUUUCUCUAAUUGCCAAGUUAUCAGAACUUCGCACGCUAAUUCUGCCCUUCCAGGAGGGCAUGACAAAAGACAUCGUAAAAGAGUUUGAAGAUCUCAAAAACUUGGAGGAACUCACCUUUUAUUGCAGCAAGAUGAGCCAUGCCGACAUCCUCGCUCUCUUGAUCGCAUGCCCUAAGUUAAGCCGUUUGACUGCUUAUGGCUUGGUCAAGCCAGAACGAGAGCUAAUUUUGAAAAUCGUCGCCCGAGUGCGCCUGGAGCAGGCCAACAAAGAGAUGCACCGGAAACUACCCAUUGAACUGGGCCUCAAUAGGGAUCUCAAAAAAAUUGAGGGAUUGAUUGUUAAGAAUCAAGUUACUGUGCCCGAGGAAACUAUUAAAAUAAUCAGCAACGACGAAUUUUAUGAUCUUGACAACGAUUCGAGCACGCAAAAACUCCUUUUAUUUUUUAAUGGCCGGAUAAAAAUGAAUUAUGCCAAUAUUUUAGCUCAAUAUUCAAGAAAAUAAAUGAAUUAUGAGUACAAAAAA